AUGCCCUUACCUACCCCCUAUACCUCCACCUCCACCCCAACCAUCACACCCCCUUACCUACCCCCUAUAUCUUCACCUCCACCCCAAACAUCACAUCCCCUUACCUACCCUCCAUAUCUCCACCUCCAACCCUACCAUCACACCUCCUUACCUAACCACGAUACCUCCAUCUCCUCCCCAACCACCACAUCCCCUUACCUACCCCCUAUACCCCCACCCCAACCAUCACCCCCCACCUACCCUCUAUACCUCCACCCCAACCACCCUCCCCACAUACCCCUUACAGCUCCACACCCACCUACCUACCCCCUAUACCUCCAGCCCAACCAUCACACUCCCUUACCUAUCUCCUAUACCUCCACCCCAACCAUCACACCCACCUACCUUGCCCUCAUACCUCCUCCCCAACCAUCACACCCCCUACCUACCCCCUAUACCUCCACCCCAACCAUCACACCCCCAGCUACCCGUUAUACCUCCACCCCAAACAUCACACCCUCGACCUUCCCUAUACCUCCACACCAACCCCCCAACUACCCUCAUACUUCCACCCCAACCAUCACACCCCCUACCUUCCCCCUAUACCUCCACAACAACCCCCCAACUACCCUCAUACCUCCUCCCCAACCAUCACAUCCCAUACCUAUCUCUGUCCUCCACCCCAACCAUCACACCCCCUACCUACCCGUUAUACCUCCACCCCAACCAUCACACCCUCGACCUAACCCCUAUACAUCCACACCAACCCCCCCAAUUACCCUCAUACUUCCAUCCCAACCAUCACACCCCCUACCUACCCGUUAUACCUCCACCCCAUCCAUCACACCCUCGACCUAA